AAGGAGGAAAACAAUAAAUGUUUAUUGAACUGAAAGCAGGAGGUCAAGCAACCUUGGUCUCCCAGAUCUUUCCUCCCACGUCUCUUCUCUUGCACUCCACAGGAAAUCCAUUCUCUCCACUGCCCAUUCACCGGGGGGUCUUCCCCUCUCCUUACGAAGAGCCCUAAUGAUUCCCUCCCCGCCCCACCCCCGGGUCUUCUCCUCUACCUUUAGUUGGCCUCAUCUUUCAGACGCCAUCCUCUCUGGGUGUCCUGAGCAUCGAUUUCCUGGGUUUCUGGGACACCUGGAGCCUUGGGAAGGCUGGAACACAACAGCCCAGACCAGAUUCCUGGGGACUGAGUAGGAGCCCAGGCGGGUGCUGUUUUGGGAGCCGUGGGUGGAGAGAGUAAAAGACGGAGAGUGCGGCAGCACGCAGGGUGUGCAGCCCAGCAGGGUGACUCACCGGCCUACGGCGACAGGCCCUAGCCGGGGUAGAACACGGCCAGCAGUGUCCUUUCCGCCUUCACUCUCUUGCUGCCUCUGCUGUGGGUCUACGGUGAGAGCUGGAGAGGUGAGAGGGGAGCGCUACAGUGGGAAGGAGAGGUGGCCUCCCCCAGAGAACACCAAGAUUGUGGAGAAUGUACCGAGGGCCAUGUGACUAUGUCCUGGAGACAGCAGGGGAGACGCCAAGGCCGAGGCAGCUCUCACACCCCAAGGAGGGGACAGUGGACUGUGCUUAUCCCUACAGGAAGGGCCUCAACCCGAAGCACAGGGCACCUCCCAGAGCCUCGGCUUGGCUGCAAAGGAACUGACCCCUGCCCUAGGAGCCUCUUCAUUCUCUCCUGUUGGGAUGGUAUUCAGUUCAGUUCAGUUGCUCAGUCAUGUCCAACUCUUUGCGACCCCGUGGACUGCAGCACACCAGGCCUCCCUGCCCAUCACCAACUCCUGGAGUUUACUCAAACUCAUGUCUACUGAGUUGAGGAUGGUGUUAGCUGGCCCCAAAUUUAGAACUGUUGUUGAGAUUCCUGAACCAGCAGAAAUAUGUUAUAUUGCUUAGAAGUGACCUGGAGCAGUGAGCCAACCUGCAGGGUUGACUGAAGACAGAGGAGGGCUCCAGAAUAGUGCUGUCUGUGUUAUCACUGUGGAGUUGCCCUUGGUUACUAUAACCUGGACUGCAGCCGACGACAGGAGUCAAAACCCUUGACCACCACUGUGGGAGGGCUGCGGCCUCUGACCUGGACCUCUGGUUUCUGGUGUGAUCCAGGUCAAAAAGUUUUGUAAAACUGAUGGAUGUCACCCCAAAAGGCUGCUGUCCUGUACCCACUGGCCAGAUCAGCAUCUUUUCUUUUUUUAAAAAGUUUUUAUUGGAAUAUAGUUCCUAGCUAAAAAAAAUUAAGCAUUAUUAAUAUUUACUAAUAUUUACAUUAGGCUAUUCAGGUUUUGGGCUUCCCUGGUGGCUCAGUGGUAAAGAAUCUUUCUGAAAAGGCAGGAGCCUCAAGUUCAAUGCCUGGAAAAUCAGAAAGAUACCCUGGAGAAGGAAGUGGCAACCCACUCCAGUAUUCUUCCCUGGAGAAUUCCAUGGACAGAGGAGCCUGGUGGGCUACAGUCCAUGGGGUCACAGAGUCAGACACUAUUUAGUGGCUAAACAACAACAAAUAGUUGACUUACAAUGCUGUCCACCGACCAGAUCUGGAAAGAAGCUCUUCCAGGAGUCAGCCAGCAGGGCCUGGGGAUGAGGAUGAAACGGUAAAGUCUAGCAGUUAAUAUUUUGGAGAAGGCAAUGGCACCCCACUCCAGUACUCUUGCCUGGAAAAUCCCAUGGACGGAGGAGCCUGGUGGGCUGUAGCCCGUGGGGUCAUGAAAUGGUAAAGUCUAGCAGCUAAUAUUUAGACUUCCUGCAACAAGGGAAGCCUAGUCUGGGUGUGUCCUGGAAGCAAGCAAUAGAGUAACAAAGGCAUUUAAACACUUUUUAUUGUAAAAAUAUCAAGCAGCUUUAAGAGUAGACAAAAUAGUUAAUGAACCCCUGUAUUCUCAUCACUCAGCCUUAACAAUGAUCAACUCCUGGUUACUUGACAAGAGCAUAUCAAUGCCCUCCUCCUGCUUAGCUGGAAAUAUCUGUUCUCUUGCUGUCUCUUUCUCACUGUAUCUCUUGUAUUCUGUGGACAUAUUUGACCAUCUGAGGUAGGCAGAAUGGUGCCCUCCCCAUCAUCUAAGAUGUCCAUGUCCUGAUGCCUAAAAACUAGAGUAUGUGAGGUUACAUAGCAAAGGGAAAUUGUUUGCAGGUGGAAUUAAGGUUGUUAGUCAGAUGACCUUAAAAUAGGAAGAUUAUCUGGGAUUACUUGGGUGGGCCCGAUGUAAUCAUAAGGAUUUUUAAAGAGGGAAGAAGAGGAGGUCAGACUGACGCAGUAUGAGAAGAUCCUGCUACUCCUGGCUUUGAACAUGGAGGAAGUGGACCACGAGCCAAGGAGCCCGGGUGGCCUCUAGGAGCUGGAAGAUGCAGGGAAAUGGAUUCUCCCCUGGGGGCCUCCAGAAAGGCUCUACCUGGACUUCUGAUCUUCACAACUGCCUCCUUGCCCGGAGCAUCGGUGUGAUGGAGGAGAAAGUUCCUCGAGAUUUGGCGAUCAGCUUGCCUCUGCUGGGACCAUCUCCCUUGACCGGCCCCUCCAAUGCCGAGCAUCCUCAGCCCAAACCAGCCCCUGGGCCUAAUGGUUUGGCCAGGGCUGCUCUGAAGCCCAAUCCUUCUCCACCGCAUGGCUCUCAACCUGUAGGAGGUCCUGGGGUGCAGGGGUGGCCCCCCUCUGGGGGGCUGCUCUCCAUGGACUCCUGGCCCUCGGAAGACCCUUGGCCGAUGCUGGCAGCUGCGGUUGAGGACCCCGUCGGGGAAGUGCUGCCCGGAGAACUGUCUUACCUUUCUAGGGUGGCUGCCCUCCCCAUGGGCAGCAGGCCUUGGCCUGCAGGGCCCUCUGCACACCCCGGAGACCCCUCACCUGAGUCCUCACUCUUCCACCGGGACUCUGAGUCUAGACGGCCACUCCGUCCUAAUGUGCUGGGCUCCCCGGGAGACAUCCUUGCCCGAUCCCCACUCUGGGCUCUCAUCAACAGAGUACGACGGCCACUUCUGCCUGGUCACCCCUGGGGGACCCUGAAUCCCAGUGCAUCCUGGGGAGGUGGAGGUCCUGGCAGUGGAUGGGGAACAAGGCCCAUGCCAUACCCUGUGGGAAUCUGGGGUAACACUCAUCAAUACCCAAGUACCAGCUGGGGGAAUAUUCCUCUAUACCCAGGUAUUAAUCAGUUUCCUCCCAGAGUUCUUCGUCCUCCUGGCUCCUCUUGGAGCAUCCCAGCUGGCUUCCCCAGUCCUCAAAACCCUGGGUCACAGUGGAGUUAGGAGGGUGACAGGGCGGGGAAAACCUCAGUUAGAAGUCAGAGGAGGAAGUCCGGCUCCCUCCCCUUGUGGCAUGAGCUAAAUCAAGACCCUAUCAGUUGUUUUCUAGCAUCAUCCCCACUGUCACUGCCUCCCUGCUCUCCCUGCACUGAUCUCCAAUAAAACACAGCACUUACUGAA